CUCCCAUCCUCUUGCGGAGUGCGGCGCGCGAAAGGGAAGCUCCGACGUCCCGCAGCAACGUGCAGCAGCUGAGCAGUGAUGAUGAUGAUGAUGAUGACGACGGCGACGACAGUUGGCCCUUUGGUGGCGGCUGCCUGCUAGCGGAGGAAGGGAGCGAGAGGAGAGGAGCGAGGGACGAGCGUCCAGGACUACUUCAGCGAGAAGGACAGCGAGUGACAAGGGAAGAGAGCGGCAGUGUACCGAGGAGAGGGAGAGAGGCAAGCGGCUGAGAGGGGCAAGAGGGAGAGGGGCAAGCGGCUGAGAACAGUCGAUGGAUGCUGUCCGGAUCGAAGGGGCAGCACGUUCUUCACUGACGAGGGAAGGAAAGAUUUCAAAAUUGAGUCGAAGGAUAGAAACUCGCCGUCAGGCAUGGUGUGUGAGAAGGGGAUCCAGAUCCUCCUCACCACCGUGGGGGCAUUCGCUGCCUUCGGCCUGAUGACGGUGGCCAUAGGGACGGACUACUGGCUGUACUCCCGCGCCCUCAUCUGCAACAGCACAGCCAACGUCACCCAGGACGACCCCCACAACAAGGACAAGAAGGACCCGGGGGCGCUCACCCACUCCGGACUCUGGAGGAUCUGCUGCCUGGAAGGAGUGAAGCGAGGAGUGUGUUCACAGAUCAACCACUUCCCGGAGGACGCAGACUUUGACCACGACGGGGCAGAGUACGUCCUACGCGUGGUGAGAGCCUCCAACAUCUUCCCCAUCCUCAGUGCCAUCCUGCUGCUGCUGGGAGGAGUUUGCAUCGCUGCCAGUCGCUUCUACAAGAGCAAGCGGAACAUCAUCCUGGGAGCCGGCAUCCUCUUCGUGGCUGCAGGUUUGAGCAACAUUAUCGGCGUGAUCGUGUACAUCUCGGCGGCGCUGGGCGACAUCUCUCCGAAGAAGGACGAGGACAAGAAGUGGCAGUACUCCUACGGCUGGUCCUUCUACUUCGGGGGCCUGUCCUUCAUCAUGGCGGAGAUGGUGGGCGUGCUGGCGGUCAACAUCUACAUCGAGAAGAACAAGGAGCUGCGCUGCCGCUCGCGCACCGACAUCUUCAAGAGCACCACGCACGCCAUGCUGCGUCUGCCCAGCUACCGCUUCCGCCGCAGGUCCCGCUCCUCGUCGCGCUCCACCGACCCCUCCCGCUCCCGAGACCCUUCGCCCGUCGGGGGCGGCGUGGGGAAGAACUUCGGCUUGCCGCCGUCGGCGCUGCUCUCCCAGGGGCCCAUCUCGGUGUCCACGCUGCCCAACCCGCACUCGCGCUCCCACGCGGCCCUGGCAGGGGGCGACAUCUCCCUCUACACGCUCUCCCGAGACCCCAAACUCGGGGGUCUCCCGCCCAUGUACGGGACAGUGGACCGGGCCACCCUCUACCAGCUCCACAACUGCUUCCCUAAGGACGGCGGCGGCGGCAGCGGAGGGGGUGUGAUGAUGAGCGGCACGCUCCCCUCGCUUAAGUCCCACAACCCUUCCAACUCUUCCAACUCCAACGUGCCCAUGUCCAACUCGGUGGGCUCCGGACCGCCGCCCUUCACCUCGUCCACAGUCGACCGGGAGAGAGGGAUGGGGACUCUGGACAGGCUGAAGGGGGAGCGGGAGAGCAACUCCAACACCCUCAAUAGGAAGACCACACCGGUGUAGGGGAGUCCGGGAGAUGAUGUUCACAAGAUGAGUAAUAAUAAUAACAACAACAACAAAACUAUUUUGAUAUUUUCACCUGCUAGAAAUGAUUUAUUUUGUUAACGAUCAACAUGCAAACUAACCUCGGGCUACUACGAAAUUGUCGUGCAAUAUUUCCGCUAACUUACCUUUGCCAGCAUCGAUUGUUGUUGUGAUUAUUCUUUGCGUCAUGACUCGGGAUGGGCAUAGUCCUAAAUCCACAUACCCAGUUCCACACCAAAAACUCAUCAUAUUUGUUACCAAAUAUCCCAGCUUACCCAGAGUUCCCAGUUUUCCGAGACAUGUUUCCCUUAGAAAAUGAAUUUGCACAACUCCUACAUUUCUCAAACGAUUCAAACCGUUCCACCGUCCACACUCUCCACAAACUAAAAAAAUUUCCAGGAAUUCCCAGUUUUCCAAAGCCCUAUUUUACCUCGUUCUCUUUUCACUGUCCACAUUCUUCAACUGUUCUUGACCAUUCCCCCAUCAGAACAUUCCUCUUGGUUAGCAUUUUUCUUCUCAUACAAAGUCCCGAUUUUCCAGGAAUUCCGAAGCUCUUUGUGAGGUCAUGAAAAAAAAAAAUUCACUAAUAUCCCAGAUUACCCAGAGUUCCCAGUUUUCCGAGACAUGUUUCCCUUAGAAAAUGAAUUUGCACAACUCUUACAUUUCUCAACCGAUUCGAACCCUUCCACCGUCCACACUCUCCACUCACAUUGGACAAUCAAACUAACGUUUUACCAAAUUAAAGAAAAAAAAUUCUAGGAAUUCCGAGAAUUCCCAGUUUUCCAAAGCCCUAUUUUACCUCGUUCUCUUUCCACUGUCCACAUUGUUCAACCGUUUUUGACCGUUCUACCAUCAGAACAUUCCUCUUAGUUGGGACAACAAAAGUUAUCAUUUUUCUUCUUGUACAAAUUCCCGAUUUUCCAGGAAUUCCGAAGCUCUUCGUGAGCUCAUUAAAAAAAAAAAUGUUCACAAAUAUCCCAGAUUACCCAGAGUUCACAGUUUUCCGAGACAUGUUUCCCUUAGAAAAUGAAUUUGCACAACUCCUACAUUUCUCAAACGAUUCGUACCGUUCCACCGUCCACACUCUCCACUCACAUUGGACAAUCAAACUAACAAUUUACCAAAUAAAAAUAAAAAAAUUCCAGGAAUUCCGAGAAUUCCCUGUUUUCCAAAGCCCUAUUUUACCUGGUUCUCUUUUCACUGUCCACAUUCUUCAACCGUUUUUCACCGUUCUACCAUCAGAACAUUCCUCUUAGUUGGGACAACAAAAGUUAUCAUUUUUCUUCUCGUACAAAUUCCCGAUUUUCCAGGAAUUCCGAAGCUUUUCGUGAGCUCAUGAAAAAAAAAAUGUUCACUAAUAUCCCAAGAUUAACCAGAGUUCACAGUUUUCCGAGACAUGUUUCCCUUAGAAAAUUAAUUUGCACAACUCUUACAUUUCUCAACCGAUUCGAACCGUUCCACCGUCCACACUCUCCACUCACAUUGGACAAUCAAACUAACGUUUUACCAAAUAAAAUAAAAAAAAUUCCAGGAAUUCAGAGAAUUCCCUGUUUUCCAAAGCCCUAUUUUACCUCGUUCUCUUUUCACAGUUCACAGUCCACAUUCUUCAACCGUUCUUGACCGUUCCACCAUCAGAACAUUCCUCUUAGUUGGGACAACAAAAGUUAUCAUUUUUCUUCUCGUACAAAUUCCCGAUUUUCCAGGAAUUCCGAAGCUCUUUGUGAUCUCAUGAAAAAAAAAAAUGUUCACAAAUAUCCCAGAUUACCCAGAAUUCCCAGUUUUCCGAGACAUGUUUCCCUUUGAAAAUGAAUUUGCACAACUCUUACAUUUCUUAACCGAUUCGAACCGUUCCACCGUCCACACUCUCCACUCACAUUGGACAAUCAAACCAACGUUUUACCAAAUAAAAAUUAAAAAAUUCCAGGAAUUCCGAGAAUUCCCUGUUUUCCAAAGCCCUAUUUUACCUCGUUCUCUUUUCACAGUCCACAUUCUUCAACCGUUUUUGACCGUUCCCCCAUCAGAACAUUCCUCUUAGUUGGGACAACAAAAGUUAUCAUUUUUCUUCUUGUUCAAAUACCCGAUUUUCCAGGAAAUCCGAAGCUCUUUGUGAGGUCAUGAAAAAAAAAAAUGUUCACAAAUAUCCCAGAUUAUCCGGAAUUCCCAGUUUUCUGCAACAUGUUUCUCUUUGAAAAUGAACGGACCAAUUUUCAGACUUGCACAACUCCUACUUUUCUCAACCGAAAACCGAAACCGUUCCGCCAUCCCGGCGUUUUACCAAAUUCCA